GAAUAGAGUGGUGAGAAAUUGAGUUUAUAACAAGAGAAACGUAAAUGGAAUGGAAUGAGAACACUUCAUUAGUUGGUUAGGUUAGCUAGCUACUAUGACAUUUGCUUCCACCACCAUAACCUCUCUCACUCUCUCCCACCGUCGAACACCAUUCUCUUACCCUAAAUCCCGUUUUCCCCAACAAAACAGCGUCGUCGCAUUUUCUACCUUCAGUAAUAAUCAAAUUGUUUCCGAAUUAACCAUCCAAAAUGAACAAGUUCAAACACGAAUGUGGAAUUGGAAGGGUUACUUUAUUCGCUAUCAAUAUUCUGGUAACAAUGGUCCUGCACUAGUUUUGGUGCACGGUUUUGGAGCUAACAGUGACCACUGGAGGAAAAAUAUCCCAGCUCUAGCAAAAUCCCACCGGGUAUACUCCAUUGAUCUUAUUGGAUAUGGAUAUUCAGAUAAACCAAAUCCUCGUCAAAUUGGAGACGACCCCUUUUACACUUUUGACACUUGGGCCGCACAAUUAAAUGAGUUUUGUCUUGAUGUCAUUAAGGAUAAAGCAUUCUUUAUAUGCAAUUCUAUUGGAGGAGUUGUAGGCCUUCAGGCAGCUAUAGCAGAACCACAAAUCUGCCAGGGAAUUCUCCUUCUCAAUAUAUCACUGCGUAUGCUUCAUAUAAAGAAGCAGCCUUGGUAUGGAAGACCUUUCAUCAGAUCAUUCCAAAGAUUGCUUAGGGAUACUUCUGUAGGAAAAUUCUUCUUUAAAGCUAUUGCGACAAAAGAAUCUGUGAAGAACAUUCUUUGCCAGUGCUAUCACGACACUUCCAAGGUCACUGAUGAGCUAGUGCAGAUCAUCCUUAGUCCAGGACUGGAACCUGGCGCCGCAGAGGUCUUUCUUGAGUUUAUUUGUUACUCGGACGGCCCUCUUCCGGAGGAACUGCUACCCCAAGUAAAGUGUCCGGUUUUGAUAGCUUGGGGUGACAAGGAUCCUUGGGAACCAGUUGAGAUGGGAAGAAAUUACGGAAAUUUUGAUUCAGUAGAAGACUUCAUUGUCCUUCCAAAUGUUGGGCAUUGCCCCCAGGAUGAAGCACCUGAGCUUGUGAACCCACUUGUUGAGUCAUUUGUGGCACGACAUGCUAAAUCUUCAUCUGCUACCCAAUCAGUUGGUUGAUUCCCUGUCAUUCAUGCUGCUCGGCACAUUGAAAUCAUGUACAUUUCUUCAUUUGCUUCCACUAAGAGUGGGUUUCAUCUUUUGUAUAGUAGAUUUUAUGAAUUUUCUUUUCAUUGGAAGAUACUUUAGAAGGAAAAGUGAGGAAGUAGCUGAUAAUCGUAUAAACAUAGGUCCGAAACCAUAAGAGUUGAACCAAAGUAAUUCAAGAGAACCCAAAAUUCUAUUU